AUGUUAGGUAAUGUAGACUGGGUAUUUGUUUUUGAGACAUUAGAAGUAGAUAAACAGUGGGAUGCUUUUAUGAGUAUAGUUCAGAAAAAUUGUAUAGAAUGUUUUCCACUCAAAGAGAUAAUUACAGCAAAUAAAAAAAAUCACAAAAGUAGUUUAAAAAUGAGGAUAUAAAACGUUCUAAAUCUAGGCUUGAUGUUUUAUUUACACUGUCUACCAAUAAUGUUGAUUAUAAAGAUAUUUACAGGACAGAAAAACGCAAAUACAAUUCUUUACUCACUCAAUCUCGGAAAAAUUGUUAUAAAGAACGAAUUGAAAAUAGCGAAAAUAAAACUAAAAUGGCUUGGCAAUAAUUGGUAAAAGAGAUUAAGGGAAUUCCAAAAAUCAAGGUAAUUUCUGUUUGGCGGGUGACCCUCAGGUGCUUUCUAACGAAAUAAAGCAAUUUAUGGCAAAUGCAGCACCAGAAGCUGUAAAGAAAAUAAAGCAUGUAAAAAAUUUUCAAAUUAAUAUCGAACAAACUAAUCAUUGCAUGUUUUUAACUCCAGUUUCAGAGAAAGAAAUAAGUCACAUAAUAAAUAACUUAAAAAACAAGCAUAGCUCUGGUUAUGAUGAAAUAUCAACUAGCUUAAUUAAAUAUGUUUCAUCAGAGAUUUCUCUUCCUCUUUCUUUUAUAGUUAAUGCUUCUUUCAGGCAAGGUCAAUUUCCUCAAAACUUAAAACUGGCAAUUGUCAAGCCACUUCAUAAAAAAGAACUAUAGACCAAUAA